CGGGCGGCGACAUGCUGGCUGGUGCAGAGGGCGCUGGCGGGCUAGUCGGAAAGAAAAGAAAGAAAGAAAGAAAGAAGAAGAAGAAGAAGAAGAAGAAGAAGAAGAAGAAGAAGAAGAAGAAGAAGAAGAAGAAGAAGAAGAAGAAGAAGAAGAAGAAGAAGAAGAAGAAGAAGAAGAAGAAGAAGAAGAAGAAGAAGAAGAAGAAGAAGAAGAAGAAGAAGAAGAAGAAGAAGAAGAAGAAGAAGAAGAAGAAGAAGAAGAAGAAGAAGAAGAAGAAGAAGAAGAAGAGGAAGAAGAAGAAGAAAAGAAAGAAAGAAAGAAAGAAAAUGGGCGCUAGGUGAUGGGGCCACGGGGCCGUUAGGCGCC